UUUAAAAACGACGCUAGCAACUUUUUCUGGUUUGCUCAUUUGAGGUUUUGGUGGUACAAAACCAUUUGAAGGGCGCUGCUGCUGUUUUGUGAUGCCGCGUUUCACUACACAGUGUGAUUACAUACCUUUAACGAGUGUGUAAGGUGGGGAGGGUCUGAUUAACCGGCUGCUAAUUGGUGUAAUUCGGUAAAGAAUGUAUGAUCCUCAGGCUGGCUUCCGCCUCCUUCCGACGGCAACUUUUCAGAUACCACUGAGAUCUGCACCUGUCAAGAUCAUGGUUCAAGGUUCUAUGGAGGAAUAGCGCACAGGAAAGCCUCAAGAUCAAGACUGAGGAUCCAGAGUAACAUGGAGUGUGUCUCAUCAAAGCUCUGCAGGACAUUGCUGUACAUCUUUGUAGCACCCUUUCUGCUGUGUGUCAUUUCAGCUGAUAAAGACUAUUAUAAACUCCUGGGGCUGUCCAAAGAUGCGUCCAACAGGGAUAUCCGACAGGCCUUCAAGAAGCUGGCUCUGACCAUGCACCCUGAUAAAAACCCAAACGAUCAAAGUUCCCACGAGAAGUUCCUGAAGAUUAACCGGGCGUACGAGGUGCUGAAGGAUGAGGACCUCAGGAAGAAAUAUGACAAGUAUGGGGAGAAGGGCCUACAAGACAGCUUUCAGGGAGGCCGAUAUGAGAGCUGGAGCUUCUACCGCUAUGACUUCGGAAUUUAUGAUGAUGACCUUGAGAUUAUCACUUUGGAUAGAGGAGAUUUUGAUGCUGCAGUGGAUUCUGGAGAGCUCUGGUUUGUCAACUUUUACUUUCCACGCUGUUCACACUGUCAUGACCUAGCACCCAUGUGGAGGGAGUUUGCCAAGGAGAUGGAUGGGGUUCUGAAGAUAGGAGCUGUGAACUGUGGUGAUAACAACAGAUUGUGUCACAGUAAAGGUGUGAGCAGCUACCCGAGCCUCUACAUGUUCAAGGCUGGCAUGAAUGCACAGAAGUACUUUGGUGACCGGUCCAAGGAGAGCCUCAUGAAGUUCGCCAUACAGUUUGUGCACGGCAAAGUGAUGGAACUGUGGCAUGGUAACAUCCGCACAGAGAUGGAGAAGUCACAGGUGUCAGGGGUCGGCUGGGUGCUCACCUUCUGCACGGACUCUGGAGACUGUCUGGGAUCUCAGACGAGGCAGAAGCUGGCUGGCAUGCUGGAAGACCUGGUCCAUGUUGGCUGGGUGGACUGCUCUACACAGGCGGAGCUCUGCACCAGUCUUAAUGUGGAGACCAGUUUCACAGCCUACUUCCCCCCUGGGGUCAGCCUCAGGCAGAGGGAUGGUACUCUGGCCAUCAUGAGUCUGGAUGCCAGGGAGAUCUACAGGGAGGUGAUGCAGCACUUGCCAGACCUGGAGGCCCUCACCUGGGACACCUUCAGCGAGAAGCUUGCUUACCAUCGCUGGUUGCUCAGUUUCACUUUCGCACACAAAGACCAGGCGUCUGGCGAGUACAAGAAGCUAAAGCCGCUGCUGAGGGAAGUGCAUGUCAGGGUGGGCAGGGUGGACUGCCUGGCUGAGGCGCAGCUCUGCAAGUCACUGUACAUCCAUAAGCCCAGCAUUGCUGUCUUCCGGGGCAUUGAUGACUUUGAGGUCUACCAUGGGAAGUAUUUGCUGUACAACAUAGUAGCCUUUGCCAAGGAGAGCGUCCGCUCUCACAUCACCACACUGAGGCCUGAGAACUUCCCUCACAACGACAAGGAGCCCUGGCUGGUUGACUUCUUUGUCCCUUGGUGCCCCCCAUGCCGAGCGCUGCUCCCGGAGCUGAGGAAGGCCUCCAUAUGGCUGUUUGGCCAGCUGAAGUUUGGCACCCUGGAUUGUACCAUGCAUGACACUGUCUGCACCAUGUACAACAUCCAGGCGUACCCAACCACUGUCAUAUUCAACCAGUCCAAGACACACCACUAUGAGGGUCAUCACUCAGCCAGUAGCAUUUUGGAGUUCAUAGAGGAUAUGGUGAACCCAGUGGUGGAGGAUCUGACCCCAGACAGCUUCCAGCAGCUGGUGCUGCAGCGCCAACCCAAUGAGACCUGGGCGCUGGACUUCUUUGCGCCGUGGUGUGGGCCCUGCCAGGCACUGCUGCCUGAGUGGAGGCGGCUGGCCCGGCUGGUGCUUGGCUUGGUCAGGGUGGGCACAGUGGACUGCCAGAGGUACCAUUCUUUUUGCCAGGGCCAGAAUGUGCGGGUUUACCCCGAGCUCCGUAUCUUCCCCCAGGAGGCGCUGCGGCCAGAAUUCUACCAGAGCUAUAAUGGAUGGCAUCGGGAUGCCCACUCACUGCGGGCAUGGGCACUGGGCUUCUGUUUCAACCCCAGGUUUCUACCCAGAGUGUCUGUGGACCUUAGCCCUGAGGACUUUAGGACCCAGGUGCUGCAGGGUCAGGAGCAUUGGGUGCUAGACUUCUACGCCCCCUGGUGUGGACCCUGCCAGCACUUUGCCCCUGAGUUUGAGUUUCUCGCCCAGUUGGUGAAGGGCACCGUACGCGCAGGCAAACUGGACUGCCAAGCAUAUGAGCAGACAUGCCAGGCUGCAGGCAUCAGGGCUUACCCCACUGUGCGCUUCUAUCCCUACCUGGAUACUACCAAGCGUGACCAGGGUGGAGAGCACAUCAACAGCAGGGACGCCAGCACCAUUGCUGCCAUCCUGAGCCAGAGGUUGCAGGCCCUCUCUCCACAAUUACAGGGCAGGACCAAACUCAAGGAUGAGCUGUAGUUUGACCUGCUGCCCUGGGGGGCAUAUUCACUGACCACGGGAAAUGCAGUUCAGAUGCUGGACACACAAGCAGCACAGAGGCAGAUGAGGGCAACAUUAGCUUAAUGUGUCUGUACUAUGGCAGCACUGAUGGCAGAGCCCCUUGGUCAGUGCCUCAGUCCUGUCUGCUUACCCCUGACGUGAUGUCCUGAUGGACCUGCCUAUAUGUGUCUGAGCCGAGAGACUGGCAGCCUUGUGCUUUACCUGAUCUGAUGUUAGUACUAUUAUUUUUUUUUUUGGGGGGGAGGGGUGUUCCCUCAUGCUGCUUCUGUGUCACCCAUGCUCUCCAGCCAUGGGGGUGACACUCCAAACCAUGCUGGUCGGGACAAGGCACUGCUACCUGCUCUGCACACCUAGAUGGCUUGUGAAGUGUCCUUUGUGUAUUGUAUGAAAGAAAACCCAGUGAUAUUGGUUUCAUUUGUUAAAGCCCCCCCUGUAAUUUAAUAAAUGGAUUUUUUUCAGUU